UUCUCGAGUUCGUCAUGAAAUGUUAGCCCGCAUCAUCGAAUCGUUCCUGCUUUCCAACGACAAAGGCCGUCGAAAAGAGAGAGACAGAGAGAGAUAUGUGUGUAUUCGGAGUCGUUUCCAUUAAAGUUUAUGAUUCAUGACGACCGUCUCUCAUUCCACGUGCAAGUAGUUGCUCUUGAGAGCUCAGUGGGAACGAUUUGGUUUCGAUGAGGUCGUAAUAAAAAAGGUGGGAGAAACAUGCAACUCUCUCGACAAAUCCUGGUCUUGACCCCGGAUCAGCCAUUUCAAUACUGCUACAACGCCACUCUCCCUUUUCUGUACAGUAUCUGUGAUCCAUCCAAGUCUUUGUAUUGUUCCAAAAAGAGACCCGAGUUUGGAUGCACCAAGAUCCGGGAGGAUGCCUGUAUCAAUUUCCACUUUUGCAACACCCCACCCGUGGUGUAUUGCUUUUUGGCUUUGGCGCUCCUAUUGAUUUUACUACUCGUCGUCAGUGGAUGCUGCUGGUGCUGUUGUUGCUGCUUUUGUGGAUGGUGUUGUCAGAGAACUUGCCCUUGUUUUGCCCGAAUGAAAAAGAGCCCGGAAAGGAAGCCAUCCAGUAUCCGAGUAACGCCUUUGAACACGCUCUCCUGGAACAUGUACGAAGGUUUGGACCACAUUCAGAAGAUCACACCACGAAAUCCAGAAUAUCCCAGCGCUCCCAAAAAUUUUGAUAUAUAUGAUUGAAGUGAAUACAAUCUACUUAGGCUCUUACAA